GGUCAAUGUUAUGUUAAAACCAUCUCGAAUGAGCUAACAUUAUUGUGGUUUGAUAUACAAAACGAGUGAGUUCGUCCUUUUUCAAUAUGGGAACCCCGGAGACACAAUUUCCAACCGUUUUUAAUACGUUUGAAAGAACGAUAGAAGGAAAACUGAGGAAAUUUUGGGUGCAAGAUCUAAAAAGCGAUAAAAUGGAAGAAGCGCUAGAAAUUUUUUCGAAAUAUUUCGUGAGAGAUGAGCCUUUAUGUAGAUCCUUAAAACUGAUAGAAGACAAAAAGUCUAUGAAGUUUGCCAUGGAAUUUUGGAGAAAAGUAGCUGAAAAAAGGUGCUCACUAGCAUGUUUCACGAAGUUAGAAACUGGAGAACAAAAACUUGUUGCAUUAAACUUUUGCUACGAAUGUUCAGUUAAUGAUCCACCAAAAGAAAGUGAUAGUGAAUCUGGAUUGGCUGGGAAGAUUGUUGAAGCUGUAAAUUAUGUGUAUGGUUUGAAGGAUCCACAGAAGGAAUUAGGAGUUGAAAAAUAUUUAGCUGCUAUAGGCUUGGUAACAAUUCCAGAAUACCGGGGAUAUAAUAUAGGACUUGAAGUUUUGAGAGCUAGAGAACAAAUGUGUGCUGUUCUAGGACUUAAAGCAUCUCUAACUGUAUUUACCUCGGAAGCAGCUCAACGACUGGCAGAAAAAGCUGGUUUCAAAGAUUUGGUUGGCAUGACUUACAACGAAUUAGAAAAGCUGAAUCCCGAUUUGAAAUUUCCUAAUAUAAACGAAUACUCGAGAUAUGUGAGAAAUAUGUAUAUCAUAUAUGAAUGAUAGAUAAUGCAAUCUAUAA